AAUUUUAAUACAUUUUAAAGCUCUAGUCUUUGAAGAUUUUCUUGGCCAUCAUAGUUACUUGGUAAUAAAUAUAAUAAUGCCCGUCACUAAAACAGGAGGUAAAGUCUUGGUCCAUCAACCAUUGGAAACAUCCGACAUAGGACUUACUGAGAAGGGUGAUAAUGAAAUUAUCACUUUAAAGUCUGUUGAUUCUUCCUCCUCAGAAUCUUCUUUACUUUCUAAGAAUCCUUUCUUAGAUCCAAAAGUUGAAGAAUAUUAUCGUCAAGUUUAUCAAGACUCUCAAUACGAAAGUUAUAAGGCUUUCGAUCCAACUUUCACUUGGACUGAAGAAGAAGAAAAACAAUUGGUUAGAAAAUUAAAUAUUAGAGUAGCUUUGACAGCAUGUCUUUUAUUUGUUAGUUUACAGGUUGAUAGGGGUAACUUAGCUCAAGCUGUUACCGAUAAUAUGCUUCCUGACUUGGGUUUAAAUACUAAUGAUUAUAAUACUGGGAAUACUAUCUUUUUGCUUUGUUUUUUAUUAGCAGAAGUUCCUUCUCAAUUAAUAUCUAAAAAGCUUGGGCCUGAUAUUUUUAUUCCUAUUCAAAUUUGUCUUUGGAGUGUAAUUGCUACAUCCCAAGCCGCUUUACAAGGGAAGGCUUCUUUUUAUGCAACAAGAGCUUUGAUUGGUGUUUUAGAAGGUGGUUUUAUUGCUGAUUUGGUUUUAUGGUUAAGUUAUUUCUUCACAAGCAAAGAAUUAUCUACUAGAUUGUCCUGGUUCUGGACAACUUUAUCUCUUGUUACUAUUUUUACUUCUAUAUUAGCAUUUGGUAUCUUGAGAUUAGGUGGAAAGGGAGGUUUAGAAGGUUGGAGAUGGUUAUUCUUAAUUGAGGGUCUUUUCACAUUAAUCAUUGGAAUUUUGUCUUUUUAUCUAAUGGUUCCUUCUGCAGUUCAAACUAAGAAUAGAUUACAUCCUAAAGGCUGGUUCACGGAGAGAGAAGAAAAGAUUGUAGUUAAUCGUGUAUUAAGAGAUGAUCCAAGUAAAGGAACUAUGCAUAAUCGUCAAGCUUUGAGUUUCAAAAUGAUAUUUAAGAGUUUAAUGGAUUAUGAUCUUUGGCCAGUAUAUGCUAUUGGUAUCCUUGCUUAUAUUGGGCAAAACACUUUCACUUCAUACUUCGGGCUUUUAAAUAAACAAUUGGGUUUUAGUACAUUUAACACAAAUAUUUUAACUAUUCCAACCAAUGUGAUUCAUAUUAUUUUCUUAUUGUUUAUUACAUGGUUCUCAGAAUUUAUGAAGGAAAGAUCUUUAGUAUGCACUCUUGCUCCACUUUAUUCUGCACCAUUGAUUGCAAUCAUUAGAUGGUGGCCCGGUGCAGGUGUAAAGGUUUGGCCUUCAUAUGUGUUAAAUACAUUAUUCUUGGGUCAACCUUAUAUUCAUGCAAUUUGUGUUUCUUGGGUGUCUCGUAAUUCUAAUUCAGUUAGAACUAGAUCCAUUAGUUCGGCUGUUUAUAAUAUGUUUGUUCAAAUUGGUAAUAUCGCUGCUAACAAUAUUUACAGAAAAGAUGAUUUACCACUUUAUCAUCGUGGUAAUAUGCAAUUGUUUGCAAUUACUGUGGCCUUGAUUCCUGUAUUAUUCUUAACUAAAGCUUAUUAUAUUUGGAGAAAUAAUAGUAGAGACAAGAUUUGGAAUGCUAUGACCCCAGAAGAAAGAGAAGAUUAUAUUUCUAAUACCACUGAUGAAGGUAAUAAGAGAUUAGAUUUCAGGUUCGAUCAUUAGAUUCUAUUUUGUUGGUUUUUCAAUUAGAUAGUCGCAUUACAUUUGUUCGACUUUAUAUCUA